AUGCGCCGUUUGAGAGGGGGUAUUUGUGUCUUUUCAUGCACCAUCAUCGUCAUCUUCGUCCCCUUGGCCAGAAAAGUCACUGGACUCGAGCGUGACAUCUCCUUUCUCAGCCGCAUGGGCAUCGACUUCUUCAUCUCCAUCCUCGCAACUCUUGUGGUCGGCUUCGUGGAAAUAAAACGGAAGAACGCCGCUGCCCAUGGAAUAAGCGACAAAGCAGACACAAUGAUUCCCAUUCCGGUUUUCUGGUUGGUGCCGCAGUACUGCCUACACGGGAUGGCAGAGGCCUUCAUGUCAAUCGGCCACCUGGAGUUCUUCUACGAUCAGGCACCGGAGAGCAUGAGGCGCACGGCGUCGGCGCUAUUCUGGACCGCCAUCUCCGCCGGGAAUUACAUGAGCACUCUCUUUGUCUCUCUGGUCCACAAGUUCAGCACGGGCCCCGGUGGAUCAAACUGGCUUCCGAAUAACAAUUCGAACAAAGGCAGGAAUCCAGUGAAGGCUUAUUAUGGAGAAGCCGAUAAGCAUACGAGCUCACAAUCACAUCUCUUGAUUCUAGCCAAGAAGAUGAAAGUGUUAGACUGA